AUGAACUCAAUCGCAAAGCAGUUCACGAAUGCUAACGCCAAUGCGCUCCACAAUGAGUGUCAUGGUGCCACUGAUGGUUUGGCCAAACAGGAACAGUUCAACUUAGCCCCAGAGAUGCAAUUGCCUCCAAUUACAAAGCCAACAGAGUUUUUAAGAGCACACACUGACGAUGCUUCUAAUCCAGACUGUAAAAUAAAAAUCGCACACGGUACCACCACGUUGGCGUUCAGAUUCCAGGGCGGUAUUGUUGUUGCAGUUGAUUCCAGAGCUACUGCUGGUAACUGGGUUGCCUCGCAGACAGUGAACAAGGUUAUCAGAAUUAACCCAUUUUUGUUGGGUACAAUGGCCGGUGGUGCUGCCGACUGUCAAUACUGGGAGACCUGGUUGGGUACGCAAUGUAGACUACAUGAAUUGCGUGAAAAGGAACGUAUAUCCGUUGCCGCUGCUUCCAAGAUCUUGGGUAACUUGGUUUACCAGUAUAAGGGCAUGGGAUUGUCCAUGGGUACGAUGGUUUGUGGUUACACGAAGAAGGAGGGUCCUACGAUCUUCUACGUCGACUCUGAUGGUACCAGAUUGAAGGGAGACUUGUUCUGUGUCGGAUCCGGUCAAACUUUCGCCUACGGUGUGUUAGACUCCGAGUAUAAGUGGGACUUGAGUGUCGAGGAUGCAUUGUACUUGGGUAAGAGAAGUAUUUUGGCUGCUACUCACAGAGAUGCUUACUCUGGUGGUUCGAUCAACUUGUACCACGUUACCGAAGCCGGAUGGGUCUACCACGGUAACCACAAUGUUGGUGAUAUCUUUUAUGACAUCAAGGAGAAGGAGAAGUCGUUCAACAACGUCGACGGAUAA